AAAAAAAAAAUAAUAAGAAAGGAAAAGGAAGAAGCCUAUUCGUGUGGGCUUAAAAUACACGCUCAACGGCCCAAAGAAAACGCGUAAAAAAAAAACCACAUAUCAGUGGCCCACUUUCUUCAUCUAUAAGAUUUAAGAAGAAUUAUAUAAACCAGGAAGGUGGCAGUAUAUAAUUCGGUGAAAGCUCUUCCAUCAAUUUUAUAACUGUUGAAGCUGAUACACGUUUCCAAUUCCCCCCAACAAAUAUAGAAAGGUAAAUUUUCCCCUCUUUGUUUUCUUUAUUCCAAGCUUCUCAUUCAUGCAAAUUUUUAAAUUCUUAGAUUGGAUUUUCGUUUUUCUUGUUGAUCGAAGCUCUGGUUGCUGUUUUCAUUCAAGGUGGCUACAGAAUCCUUCUUGUGAUUUUUGUUCAUCCUUUGGGCUUUUAAAUUUUUUGAUUUUUUGAUUUUUUAUUUUUUUGGUUCCUUCUGUUUUUCAUGGUCUUGCCAAAGAUUCUUUCUUGAUAAUUUUUGUUUGCUCUGUUCUUCGAUGGGUUUUUCUUGUUUCUUGUCUUUUGUUGCAUGUUUGCAUGUUUCCUAAUAAAUAACAAUUUACUCGAUCAUGAUUUUAAUAAAAUUUUGUCUGGCUAAUUUUAUUCUCAGUCGAUUAUGGAGUGUUUUUUCCUAUUGAAAUUGCAUUGCGUUUUCCAAUUUUAACUUUUAAAACACGCAAAACUGUAUUUUACGGUAUUGGGUAUUUGAUUUUGUGUAUCUGGCUUUUUUUUCCCCCUUUGUGUGUGUGUUGUGGUGGGUAGGUGGGUGGGGGGUUGAGGAUUGCGUGGUUACAUGGAAUGGGUCUGAUCGAAGCAUUUUUGGGGAGGAUGUUUGAAUUUCCUCUAGUUGUGAUUGUCAAGCUGUAGGGCUUUAUCUGAAAAAAUUUGAUCACAUGAUCUUGAUUGGGUUUUGGGUGUUCUUCAUUUGGUAAACUCUGUUUUGAUAAACAUAAUGUGUGGAGGCUCGUGCUUAAUAUGCUUGAUCUAGAUGGCAGAUUGAGUUGUCCUGUUUGAUCGAUAAGUUUCUAAACCUGUGACAGGCAGAUUGAGUCCAUGAAGUUGUAGAAGCUUUGUUUGGAUCUAGUAUAUAAGAUGUGUCUAUUCGUUCAUCCAUGGUCUGUGAACCACCCAGUCCAGAAUUCAUUGCUUAUCCAUACAGUCUAGAAUCCAUUUCUUUGAAUUCGCACUUUUUUGUAUUCUCUUUGAUGAUUAUUAUGAAGCAAAGUUCUGACAUGUAACAAGAAACAAGGAAUGGUUGGAUUAAAACUGGUUUCACCGAAUGCCUUGAAGCGGAUGUUUUGUUUCAUAAUGUCCCCCACAGUUUCCAGAUUGUUUGUAUUUGAAUGAUACAGGAAGUAGUUAAAUUAAGGUUGCUCCAUUGAAUUCAAAAUUGAUGUUUGUGUUUUUGUAACUCCUUGACUUUUGAAUUAACGUGUUCUGAUGACGUAGGAACUGGUGCGCUAUAGUUCCUAAAUGCCUUGAAGAUGAUGAUUAUGUCCAUAAGUUCACAUUUAUUUUCUAUUUGUUGCAGUUAGUUUGCAAAACCUGGUACCUCUUGCGCUAUCUACAAAUAUGGGAGACAAGAAAGAUAAUACCCAGGACAGAGGGUUCUUUUCUCAUCUUGCUGGAUAUGCUGCUGGAUAUCACCAACCUCCGCAUGGAGCAUACCCAUAUCCUCCUCCUGGAGGUUAUCCACCUGCAGGCUAUCCCCCUCCUGGUGGGUAUCCACCAGCUGGUUAUCCUCCUCCUGGCGGAUAUCCUCAUGGUCCAUAUCCUCCCCCGGCUGCAUACCCACCAGCCUAUCCUCCCCAUGGUGGAUAUCAUCCCGCUGGAUAUCCAGGACCACAUCAUUCAGGGCAAGGUCACAUGGGACUGUUAGCUGGUGGUGCUACUGCUUUAGCAGCUGCAUAUGGGGCUCAUCAACUUUCACACGGUGCACACCACUACGGCCAUGGUGGUUAUUACGGUCAUCAUCAUGGGAAGUUUAAGCAUGGAAAAUUCGGCAAGCACGGGUUCUAUGGAAGGCACAAGCACGGUUUCUUUGGAAGGCACAAACACAAGCACGGUUUCUAUGGGAAGCGAUGGAAGUGAUUUACACAGUGAUAAUAUUAUUGUGAUUGUUUAUGGCAUUAUAAGGAUUUAGCUUUGUGGCUGUUAUGCUUCUUUUUUUUUUUUCUGAAUUCUCUUUUUGUGUGUAAAUAAAUUUGGCAAAUUAGAUAAACAUUCCCUUUGAAGAAGGGAACCUUGCUCUUAUCCACAUUGACAUAUAUAUUGAAUGCGGUUGUCACAAUGCCUUCAAUGAUAUUUCCUUCGCAAAGCAUUUUGGUGUUAACGUCGGCAAGUCUAUUGUUUUAGCAUUUAUCAUCAGUCUCCAGCCCAAAUCGAACUUUGACAGCCCAAAUGGAAAUGGCAACAACACAGUAAACUUCGCUUCAAGGCUAUCUGAGCUAAAGUUUAGCCCUCAUGAUCCAACGCGCUCAAAUUAAUACUUGCAAAAAGAAUUAAAUCAAAAAAAUGCGCAAUUAUUAUAAUUAUCUGAUAAUGUGAAUGUCCACGAGCUAGUAGAGUUGUACAAAAAUUCUUUUGUAUAUAGAUAUUAUUUAUUAGAUAUCACCAGCUAGAUGUUUUCUCUAUUUGUUAUUAUCUUUGUAUCUCCUAUGCCUAUAAAAGGAGAGGAGUCUAUGCAUAAAUAAUUGACAGAUCAUUCUCUCUUUCUCCCUUUCUCUAUUUGUUAUUAUCUUUGUAUCUCCUAUGCCUAUAAAAGGAGAGCAGUCUAUGUAUAAAUAAUUGACAGAUCAUUCUCUCUUUCUCCCUUUCUCUAUUUGUUAUUAUCUUU